AUGGACAACAAAGUGCGAAUAAUUCAUUUAGGACGCGUAAUUGCGAAAUACGAGCCUUGCAGCAAGUGUCUUUACGUGCCAUUGGGGGUCGAAGAUGCGCGAAAUCAUUGGGACACAUGCACAUUCGAUGACGAUCAAGCCGAAUAUCAGAAAAUCCCGGAUCAUGAUUACAUUCAGACGAACUCUGAAUUGCCGCGAAAACUCCUUUCAACCGAUGAUUCGGGAGAUUUGUCGGAAUCUGAAUGGGAUUACAGCUCCUACUCCGAGACAGAAGACGAAGAUGGCGAUAAUUUGAGCAUUUCAAGUCCAUUACGAGAAAAUUUUGAAUCAGAAACUGAAUCUGAGGAAGAUACAAACCAAAAUCCUGAAGAAAAUCAUCAAAUUGAAGAAAUCAACACAAGUCCCUUGAAGGAAUUUUUGAUAUUUAACGCCAAAUCUGCUGAAAUAAAGAAAAAUCCAACACACGAAAAGACUGAAAUCGUUAGAAAUCCUCCGGAUCAAGAGCUUAAUUGGAGAUUUUCGUGUCCAAAUUGCAAAUUUCGUUCAAAUCGAUCGAAUAAUUUUAGACGACAUGAACGUACCUGUGCAAAAAAGCGAGCUGCUCGAACAUGUCAACUAUGUUUCAAGGUCUUCAAGACACGAGAAACCCUCACGAGACACACCAAAGAUGUUCACAUGGAGAAACAAUUCAAAUGUACCAUCUGCAAGUCAGAAUUUGCUCGUCGGAAUCGUUUUGUGGAGCACACGAAGAAACAUCAUCCUGAAAAAAGUUGAAAAAAAUUCUUUAGAUACUCAAUUUUUUUAAAGAAACCCGUCAAAGACAUGAAUUGUGAUAUAAAAAAAAUAAACUU